AUGGAGGUUGAGGCAAUGAACUCGCCGGAGAAGUCCAGCUCGAUAAGUAAGAUAACACUGGUGGCCUCCAUUGCAGCCGGAGUACAGUUCGGCUGGGCGCUUCAGUUGUCGUUGCUGACGCCCUACGUCCAGCAACUGGGAGUUCCACACAAGUGGGCCGCCGUCGUCUGGCUUUGCGGGCCAAUCUCCGGUUUGCUGGUACAACCCAUCGUUGGUUACUACAGCGACAGCUGCAAGUCUCGCUUUGGUCGCCGACGACCGUUCAUAGCUGCUGGUGCUGCUCUUGUCGCCAUCGCCGUCUUCCUCAUUGGAUAUGCUGCUGAUAUCGGCGUCCGGUCCGGCGAUUCCUUGCACAAAAAGACGAAGCCUCGAGCCGUCCUUGUAUUUGUGGUCGGUUUCUGGAUCUUGGACGUCGCCAACAACAUGUUACAAGGGCCCUGUCGCGCACUUUUGGCCGAUAUAUCCGGUUCCGACACAAAGAAAAUGAGGACGGCCAACGCCUUGUACUCCUUCUUCAUGGCUGUCGGCAACGUUCUAGGCUACGCUGCUGGGUCGUUAAAGAAUCUCCACAAGGUGUUUCCUUUUACUGAAACCAAAGCCUGUGAUAUUUACUGUGCAAAUCUUAAAAGCUGUUUCUUCAUAUCCAUUGCUCUACUCUUGAUACUCACCAUCCUUAUAAUGGUGUCCGUAAAUGAGAAAGUAAUUCCUAGUAGUAAGGAGAAAGGUGAGGGCGAGGGAGGAGUGAUGUUCUUCGGAGAGAUUAUUAGUGCUUUUAAACAGUUGAAUAGGCCGAUGUGGAUUUUGCUUUUGGUCACUUCCUUGAACUGGAUUGCAUGGUUCGGCUUCUUAUUAUUUGACACAGAUUGGAUGGGGAAAGAGGUGUACGGAGGUGAGGUCGGGAAAGGGCGCCUUUACGACAUGGGAGUUAGGGCUGGUUCACUGGGGCUCAUGUUAAACGCUGUCGUGUUAGGGGUAAUGUCUCUUGCUAUUGUCUACUUGGCUCGUGGGGUUAAUGGGGCUAGAUUACUCUGGGGAGUGGCCACUAUUAUACUAGCCAUUUGCCUUGUUAUGACAAUACCAAUCACUAAGUUGGCUGAGAAGCAUCGACAUGCCUCCGGUGUCGCUGGCGGAGCUGAGCCGCCGCCGCCCCCUGCUAACAUUAAGGCCGGUGCAUUGAUUAUAUUUGCGUUGUUAGGGAUACCUCAAGCGGCGACCUUUAGCAUCCCUUUUGCCAUGGCCUCCAUAUUUUGCAGCAAUUCUGGUGCAGGACAAGGGCUUUCUUUGGGAGUCUUGAAUAUAUCAAUUGUCAUACCACAGAUGCUUGUUUCUUUGGUAAGUGGACCAUUAGAUUCUGCUUUCGGAGGUGGUAACUUGCCCGCGUUUGUGUUGGGAGCCAUUGCCGCAGUAAUAAGUGCAAUAUUGGCCUUGACUGUUCUACCAUCUCCUCCACCUGAUCGUGAAACUGAAAAUGUAGCUGCCGGUUUCCAUUGA